AGCGGUGCGAACGCGACCAUUUUGCGGGGGGGAUCGGCGGAGCGGCGGCGGCGCGCUGACCGGGCCGGGGGGCGCCAGGCCCACGCACAGGAGCGUGGACCCUCCCGCGGGCGGGCGCGGGCCGGAGGCUGCGGCCCUGAGGGGGCUGAGCGGGCGGAGAGGCGCGGCCUGAGGCUCUGGGCCCAGCGCUGCGGGGAGGGGACAGGCGGCGCCGAGCCCGCACCGAGCGACCGUUGCGGGGUUUAUUUUUCUCUUUCCCUCCCCCUCGGCUGCGGGAGGCGUCCCCCGGGCCGGGCCCGAAGCGCCGGGGAAAAUGUCCAGGCCUGUCAGGAACAGGAAGGUGGUCGAUUACUCCCAGUUUCAGGAAUCAGAUGAUGCUGAUGAAGAUUAUGGGAGAGAUUCAGGUCCCCCAUCCAAGAAAAUCCGCUCGUCUCCGCGAGAGGCUAAAAAUAAGAGGCGAUCUGGGAAGAAUUCUCAGGAAGACAGUGAGGAUUCAGAGGAAAAAGAUGUGAAGACUAAGAAAGAUGAUUCUCACUCAGCAGAUGAAGAUUUUGGCAGUGAAGAUGAUGACUUAGGAGCAGAUGAUGGCAAAGCUGACAGUGACUAUGAGAGUUCUCAAAAAAGCAAAAAAGGAAAGAAGGCCAAACCAGAUAAGAAUAAGAGAGCCUCUAAAUCCAGGAAAAGGCCUGCAGAGGACAGUGAGGACGAAAAAGAAGACCACAAAAACGUGCGUCAACAGAGACAGGCAGCAUCCAAAGCAGCUUCCAAACAACGAGAGAUGCUUAUGGAUGAUGUGGGGAGCGAGGAGGAAGAACAAGAGGAUGAUGAGGCACAGUUCCAAGAGAAUUCAGGAAGUGAUGAAGAUUUUCUUAUGGAAGAUGAUGAUGACAGUGACUAUGGCAGUUCAAAAAAGAAAAAUAAAAAGGCCUCCAAGAAGUCCAAGCCAGAGAGGAAAGAAAAGAAGAUGCCAAAGCCCAGGCUAAAGGCUACAGUGACUCCCAGUCCAGUGAAAGGCAAAGGGAAAGCAGGUCGCCCCACAGCUUCCAAGACAACAAAAGAAAAGACCCCAUCCCCCAAAGAAGAGGAUGAAGAGCCUGAAAGUCCUCCAGAAAAGAAAAAAUCAGCCAGCCCUCCGCCAGAGAAGUCAGGGGAUGAGGGAUCUGAAGAGGAAGCACCCUCUGGUGAAGAUUAAAUGGCAGUUGAGGAAAUCUUUGUUUAAAAAAAAAAAAAAGAGAAAAAAGGAAAAAGAAAACAUACUUAGGGGUAGAACACGGUUUUGGCUGUGGCUUGACUCAUGGGCUUUGAAUGCUGUCUUUACUUUCAGCUGUUUAAUACAGUGUAUCCUUUUUUUAAUAAGAGGAAACCCUCAUACAGUAAUAUUUUGAAGUCACUGUUCUCUGUUGGCCAUUCCGUUCUCCCUCCCCCACCAAAUCCAAAAGCCAUUUGAGACAAAUUAACAGACCAUUCAAAUAUAUAUUUUUUUCAAGGGAUACUGCAGUUGUGAAGCAAUAAGGUUUGGGACUGAUACAUGGAAACCACACUUACGAAUCAUUGAGUAGAAUAGAUUUCCCAGUGCUGGUAAGAGUUCUUCAAAACUAUUAUUCUGUAUUUGAAUACGUGGUUUAAAAAAAAAGAAAAACAACCAUGCUUUAAUAGACUUUUCUCAAUAGAAGUACCUUCUCUCAGAAAAAAAAAUUAUAUAUAUAUAAACUGCAGAAGAGGAAACAUGGGGAGGAAACCUGUGUUUCUUGGAUUCAUGCAACUUUUUAAUGGAAAGCAAUCAAGAGACUUAUAGGGGGUCCACUAUCUUUUAUCUAGAAAAAUCCUCCAGUUAGGAUGCAAGAUCUUUCAUCUUUCCUGGAUAGAAUACUAUUCUGCUUAGGCAAAUCUCAGUUCAUUCUAUACUAUUUCAGACGCAGAACCUAGGAGCUGCUCACGUCCAUUAAUUCUGUUUUUCUUCUUCCAAGGUUGGCUAUAGAUGGGCAGAAUAGGGAAGAGAAAUUGAAAACAAGUUUUAAAACUCUGGUUUGUAUCUGACAUUGUGGAAAUUUUCUUUAAAGUUUCAAGGGAAAAAAAAUGAUGGACAGUAUAGAAGUAGAUUUUUUUUUUUUUUCCUUUUGGGGUGAGGGAUGUCCUUUUAUAAAUGUGAAGCAAAGGAUUCCUGUAAUGCUCUGGUCAGUCUCGGAUCCCAUGAGUCACGCUGAAGUGCUUCUCUUCUCUCCCUCCAUCUGUCCUCAGAAAGGCUGUGUAAUCAUGUCUAAGCCUCUCCAGCUACAGUGUUGGACAGUAGACUUCCAUCGAUAGUGAACAUCACCCCAGUACCACUUCUAUUUCUUCAUCCUCCCAUCCUGCAGUAUGGGAGGAGUUACUCGUUCUGCUCCCACACUGACAUGUCUGCCUCUGUUGGUUGUCGUUCUGUUCCCUAAGCCCAAAAAGCGUGGAGUAGGGAACAACAUUAAAGGAUGAAGCUGAGAGGAAAUGAAGUUUGAAAACAGUGUAGCAGGGCUAUAGUUUUAUAACAAAAGCAGGAUGUCCCUCUAAACGCGAGAUACUUGAGGUGUGUGUAGUGGCAUUUUAAUGUGUUUUUAUCAAAGCAGCCAUAUCCUUUUUUAAACUUAAUUGAAAUACACAAGCCUUGGUUUUCAAACCCUGAUGCAGAGAUUGCUGCCAUGUUUCUUGGUAGAAAUAUUAAAAACUGGACCUGCCAUUUUUCUUUUUUUUCUUAGAUUCUUUGUCCUUUUGUAUGUUGCUCACAGUUACCUUACAGCUGAUAAGCUUUGCAUCUCUUUUUUUUUUUGUCACUGAAGUACAUAUUUUGUAACCAGCCUCUUGAAGGUAACAUAAGGCAGCUAACUAGUUGGAUUUCUGGUGCACAUGCUACCAGAUUUUUAAUCCUGUUUGGACUUCAGAGAGCUUUUAGAUGUGAUACACUAAUAUGACCACGAAGGACACUUGGCUGAAUGACAGAGGGAGCCCGAAGAUACUGAGCACAGUGUGGAGCCUAUACCACAGAAUGGAACAUUAAUAUAACAGCCAAGUGAUUGUCUUGUGUGAUUCAUAGCCAUGGAUUUUAUUGAGGCUGGUAAAUUACUUUACCUUGGCUUAUAAAAAUUUAAGUUCUCUUAACAUUCUUUACUAUAAUGAAACUACUGUUGCCGUUACAAUAAAGAUGAUCGGUGUUUCCAUUGUAAA